AUUGGAAAUCAUGCUCAGACAGGCCUUCAACCCUAUCGUUUAUGCCAUUCUUCCUACCAAUUUUAAAAUCCCAGCUGCGUCAUGUUCGACGAUCUCCAGUGCCUUCUUGCACAACUCACAUACUGUUCGAGAAAACGCCUCAUCCAACAACAGAGACCACGACACCAGCAGGCCAACGCUCCUAUCUCCUCCGACAUCGGCUUAUGUCCAUCUUCCCUUCUGCAGAAAACGUUGCCAUUACUGUGACUUCGCGAUCGUCGCUCUGGGCAGCUCUUCUUCUAAUACGACCGAUGAUGACCCGCGUAUCACAAACUACGUUCGAUUUCUCUGUCGUGAAAUCGAAGCCACCACAGCCGUGACACUUCCUGAAAACCACUCGCCUCUCGAGACCAUCUUCUUUGGCGGAGGAACACCAUCUCUCGUGCCUCCAAGACUCAUCUCUGCAGUUCUAGAUUCGCUGAGAUCAAAAUUUGGGGUACAUUUCAAUGCUGAAAUCUCGAUUGAAAUGGAUCCAGGGACGUUUGACACGACGAAGAUGAAGGAAUUAUUGGCGUUGGGAGUGAACAGAGUGUCUCUAGGCGUUCAGGCCUUUCAAGAAGAGUUGUUGAGGGCGUGCGGAAGAGCCCACGGCAUCAAAGAGGUAUAUGAAGCAUUAGAUACCAUCGGUUCAUGUGGGCUGGCGAAUUGGAGCAUGGACCUCAUCUCUUCUCUCCCUCAUCAGACGCCAGAGAUGUGGGAAGAGAGCUUGAAGCUCACCAUAGAAGCUAGUCCUGCUCAUGUGUCGGUCUAUGAUUUGCAGGUGGAGCAAGACACCAAGUUCGGAGCUCUGUAUACGCCAGGGGAGUUCCCUCUUCCAUCUGAAACCCAAUCUGCGCAGUUCUAUAGGAUGGCCUCGGAGAAGCUUUCUAAUGCCGGGUACGAACAUUACGAGAUUAGCAGCUACUGUAAGAGCGGGUACCAGUGUAAACACAAUCUCACUUAUUGGCAGAACAAACCAUUCUACGCAUUUGGUCUGGGCUCUGCAAGUUACAUUGGUGGGGUGAGGUUCUCAAGGCCUAGAAAGAUGAAAGAGUUCAUGGGCUAUGUGCAGAACUUGGAGGAUGGAUUGGCUAACCACCAUGACAUUGGUAGUGUCGACUCCAAGGACACUGCAAUGGAUGUUGUGAUGCUCUCGUUUAGAACGGCGAGAGGCUUAGAACUGAGAUCCUUCGCUGCAGAGUUUGGGAGCUCUCUGUUAAUCUCCCUCUGCAAGGCACUUGGACCGUAUUUGGAGAGUGGACAUGUGAUUGCUCUGGACAAGGAGAAAAGAGCAUUGCAUGCAGAUGAACUUGAAUCUACGCUAUUAGAUGAGAAGAAGAUUGAAGAGGUGGUGCACUUUCUUCGGCUUAGUGACCCAGAUGGAUUUCUUCUGUCAAACGAGUUGAUAUCUGUUGCAUUUGCAGCAAUGUCUCCAUAAUACCAAGUUUUCUGCAAGAAAUUGAUAGAGAAGAGUUGCAGUAACUUGGCUCUCAAGACCAUUUUUCCCUACAUUAGUACAGAGUACAGACAGGGAAGCUUUUUUUUUUGGGGGGGGGGGGGGGGG